CACUGACUCAAUUUUUGGAUCUGGUUUUCAUGACAAAGCGAAUGUCCUCUUUACACAGAGGUGUCUGGGUAUAAAAGAGAUGUGUUGGGAUGGGCCUGAACCAGCACAGCUCCUCUCUAACCCCCUCCACAGGCACAUCACCAGCCGAACCUCUGCAGAAUGGGCCGGAUCAUUUUUUACGAGGACAAAAACUUCCAGGGUCGCCGGUACGAAUGCGACAGCGACUGCUCCGACUUCCACACCUACCUGAACCGGUGCAACUCCAUCCGUGUGGAGGGCGGAGCUUGGGUGGUGUACGAGAGACCCAACUUCAUGGGCCACCAGUAUGUCCUGACCCGGGGCGAGUAUCCGGAUUACCAACGUUGGAUGGGUCUCAAUGAUCGCCUCUAUUCCUGCAAGAUGAUCCACUUCGCCAGCGGUUCCGAGUACAAGAUCCAGCUCUACGACAAAGGAGAUUUCACGGGCCAGGUGUAUGAGACCACCGAGGACUGCCCAUCUGUGGUGGACCGUUUCCGUACCCGUGAGGUUCACUCCUGUAAGGUGCUGGAUGGGAUCUGGAUCUUCUUUGAGCACCCGAACUACAGGGGGCGCCAGUAUUUACUGGAGAAGGGAGAAUACCGUAAGCCCGUGGACUGGGGUGCAGUCUGCCCUACGGUCCAGUCCAUCAAACGCCUGACGGAGUGACAUCUAACCUCUAAAUCCAUCCAAAUUCAG